GGAUGGAGAUACACCUUUGUCCAGGGAAAAUCCAAGUGCUUCAGAAAGCAUGAUCCAAGGCUUCAAAGCAUACCUGUGCCCCAGAAGCUUGGGAGUCCAACCUUUGUACCCUGGCACGUUGGGCAGGGCAGAGCAAAGCUUUGCAGCAAGUCACAUCUAUUGGCUUUGCCAUGAGCACCAAACCACCUGCUGCUCUCACAUGGAGUGUGAUGUCCUGCAAAACCUGUGGGUAUGGAGAGGGCAGAACCAACCUGGGGCGUUUCCAGCACUGCUGUGCAUUGACUGUGCUUCAAUCCAUCAUCUUUAUUUGUAGGAAAAACAGAGCAAAGUCUGCCACAACAUCACAACUGUUGCUACGCGCACUUCUGCCUUUCUGGAAGCAGUGCAAUCCACUAACCAACAAACUUUAAAUGCACAGCAGUUAAAAUGCAGCACAAUUAAAGGACACCAGCAAAAACUGUACCCAAAAUGAGAUUUGGAAGUUUGCCGAGUGAACAUUCGAGAAGGGCAGAGAUGGAAGUUCUCCUCCUCUUUGUGGCUUUGCUGCAAGAGCCAGCCUCAAGCACCUUGUAUGGGCCCAGGUUUUUGUCAGGUGCAGUUGGAGGGUCCAUCACCCACCAGUGCUUCUACUCCAUCACGCCUGCCAACAAGCAUGACAGAAAGUUCUGGUGUAAAAGGAAGAGCGAUGGGAUUUGCUACACCAUCAUCUCCACCACCAACUUCAUCUCAGAAGACCACGUGGGCCGAGUGGCCCUGGAGGAUGUCCCUCAGAAUGGCACCUUCAUGGUGACGAUGACACAGCUGAAGACAAGUGACACAGGGACCUACCGAUGUGGCAUUGGCCCCACCAACAGCGACCUCCACGUCAGCCUGAACCUGACGGUGUCAGCAGAUGUGGGCACGCAGAGGCCAAUUGAGCUGUUCCUUGGGAAGCUCCGUGGCUCUGUCACCAUCCCCUGCCCACCUGGGGACAGCCGGGGUGGCACCAGGAGGCUCUGGUGCAGAGUGGGGAAAAGCAGCUGCAUCCUCAUUGCUGACACCGAUGGCUACGUGGGAAUGAGCUACGAGGGACGGAUCUAUAUUACUCCCCAGGAGAGCUCUGGAGCAUUCAAAGUGCUGAUAAAUGAUUUAAGGCCAGAAGACGUGGGGCUGUACAAGUGUGGGAUGGGCAGCCCAGCUGACUGGGACAGCUGGCAGAUGGUAGCCCUGCAGGUGACCACAGUCCCUGCCCAGCCCCGGAGGGUGAAGUUUCUGCAUGGCAGCGUGGGGGGCUCACUGUCCCUCAGGUGCCACCACGACCCUGCAGGCAGCUACACCAGCAAGUACCUGUGCAGGUGGCAGAAGGCCAGCUGCUCCCUGCUGGUGGACACCGAUGGGUUUGUGCAGGAGUCCUACAAAGGGCGCAUGUGGAUCAGCAACAGCAUGCAGGACAGUGGGACCUACACCGUGAUGAUGAGCCGCCUGCAAGAGGAGGAUGCAGGGUGGUACUGGUGUGGGGCCAGGAGCGGGCAUAGGGAGCACACGACCCCCAUGAAACUGCUCAUUGAGAAAGAAAUCUUCACUUCACCAAACCCAGCAAGGCACAAUUCUAUGAACCCCACUUUGCCGUUCAGGUCAUCUUCCAACCAUGUAGUGACACAGAGUAGCACCACAUGGCCAACAGACACCACAGGACCAACAGACACCAUGGAUCCAACAGACACCACUGGGCUGAGACUCACCGCAAUGUUGGCAUACAUCACAGGCACCAGAACUGAGGGCACCAGCCCCCAUCCAUCCACCAGUCCUCCCCCCAGCACCUUUGUGACCUCCCACAGUGACACCUACAGCCAGAGCUCAUCGGGUGAAUUCUCUCUGCUCUCCGUUGUGAUACCAGCUCUGGUUUUGCUGAUUUUCAUCAUUACCACUGUUCUUGUCCUUACCAAAAUAAAGCUUCGUAAGGAGAUGGAAGAAGGAAGCACCCUGGGACAGACAGAAGCUGUGCUGGUGCGGACUGGGCUGAGUCCCACUGAAGGACAGGGGAUGGAGGACCUCAGCAGCCCAGACAGCACCAAUGGAUGCAAGGCAGAGUCAGGCAGACAUCGGAUGAUACGUGCUCUCCUCGGAAGGUUCGGGCAGACCAGGUUGUAUGAAUCCUUCAGUGAAAAAUAUUCUUUCCAUCAUGAAUGAUGAAGACUUGAGGGAACCCAGGCAGAACCCCUCCUCUCAGAGCACGAUGUACAUAAGCUCAGAAGCUCCUUUACUGAAAGGCAAAAUGCAGCUAUAACCUCAAAGCAUGCAGCACUUCUUCCUUGCUCCCCAUUCCACAGCCAAAUGCCUUGUUGUGUGGCGUGUAGAGAACGAAAUGAAGCAACUAGCCAUGCUGUUCCUGUAUGCGACCCUGACUGUCUCCUGUAGAGCAGAGCACCCCAAUGGGGAGCUGGGUAUGGAAUGCAAGAAUCCUCAGGGCUGCAGGUCUGACUCUUGGACAUCCUCAUCCUUAGGGAUUUGUUUUGCAAAGCACAAACCGUGUCAGACUUCAGUUCAACACCAAAGGUUUCAGCCCAGACUGUGUGCCAUACUUCAGCCUGGAGGAAAAAAAAAAAAAGCAAAGCAAGGGUUAUUUGUGUUCUGGAGAUGCCAAAGUGCUUUGGCACCUGUGACUUGGCAAGACGACGCUUCCUUGUCUGUUAAAGCAAAUAUAUUUGCGUAAUUCCAUCUUGUUCAGAGACAAAGUAUCAGUUUUACCAGAAACUUCAAGGGCAAAGACGGACGUUUGGAUAAAGAAGCUGUUAGUCUGUCAGGAGCUGCCUCUUGUCCAAGGCGCCCAAAUGGCUGCAGGCCCUCACUGGCUGCCUUCAUCCAAGGUUCCUCUGCCUACUGCGGUGCCACCAUUUCCAGCUCCUUCCAAGCACAUCUCUGUGCACGUGAGCAGCCAGACAGGAGGUGGGAAGGAAACAUGCAGGCAUCCAAAAAGGAAAGGCUCUCCUGAGAGCAGUAGGUGUGCAAAAAGCAAACACACCUGUGUUUAUCGUGGCCAAGCGCAAACCCCAGAGCCGCUGUCCUGCUCCAGCUCCUCAGCUUGUCCUAUGAGCGGGUGAGAAAGUCUUCCUGUGGCCCUGAAUAAAACAAAAUCAUUGCUUUAAUUAGAAUAAAGGAAAGCAAGUUAAUGUCUCAUCCCACACAAACAAUUCAGUUGUCUCUGACUUUAGGCUUUCAAACAGUUCCAUUUCCAACAACCCCACUCUUCAGAAUGAACUCCUGCUUGGGAUCCUCAGUAUUCCACAGCAGGGGAGCAGAGCAGCAAGGCUGAACACAACAGCAAA